GUCAACAAAGUACUUUUUUAUAUAGGUGGUGAAAUAUAAAAAAAUCAAAACGUUAAUAACAUUGUAAUUUAUUAAUUUUAAUUAUAGAAACUAAAACUAGUGGUCAAAAAUGUCAGACCCAAAAAAUGUUAAUGAUAUUUUGGACAAAAAUUUAGAAGAGUACGAAAUACAAGAAGUGCUUCGAAAAGGCACUGAUUUAAGGGAAUACGCAUUACAAAUAGACAAAGGUAUAAAAGAGGCGGAAAAGAACUCUGUUGCGGACUAUUUAAAAGAAAGUGAGAAUAUCAGUUCACUUCACAACCAAAUUGAAGAAUGUGAUGGUAUUCUGGGGCGAAUGGAAAGUAUGCUUAUGGUAUUUCAAAAUGAUUUAGGAAGUAUUAGUAAUGAAAUAAUUAGCUUACAGAAACGAUCUGUAAGUAUGUCUAUCCAAUUGUCUAAUAGACAAGUUCUAAAAGGACCACUCUCAUCAUUUAUUGAAGAUAUGGCUGUAUCAGAAACACUUAUAUAUGCUAUCAAUAAUGUACCUGUUACUGACAAGGAGUUCAUGGUCCAGUUGGCAAUUUUAAAUCAAAAAUUAAAUUUUGUUAAAGAACAAGACUUUAAGGAAACGAAAGCUUGUCAUGAUGUUAAAGAUGUUUUAGAGAAAUUAAAAAUAAAAGCUGUAUCAAAAAUAAGGACAUACAUUUUGGAACAAAUUUAUAAAUUUCGCAAACCAAUGGCAAAUUACCAAAUGCCACAGAAUGCUAUGCUGAAGUAUAAAUUUUUCUUUGAAUUUGUCCUUGCUAAUGAAAGGAAUGUCGCACAAGAAAUAUGCAAUGAAUAUAUAGACACUUUGGGCAAAGUAUACUAUUCAUACUUUAAAUCAUAUGCCUCCAGACUAGAUAAAUUAAAAUAUGAAGAAACACCCACUAAAGAGGAUUUAAUGGGAAUAGAGGAUGGAUCUAAAGGAGGAUUUUUCCAAAAAUCUAAUCUUAAAAACAAAAGUACAAUAUUUACUAUUGGGAACAGGGGUGAUGUUUUGGCUCAGCAACUUGAAGCUCCCAUUAUAGUUCCACAUGUACAACAGAAAACGAAGUAUUCAUAUGAAGCACUAUUCAGAAGUCUUCAAUAUGCUUUAGUGGAUAAUGGCUGUAGGGAAUAUUUGUUCACUACUGAAUUCUUUCAUGUAAAAGGGAGCCAUGCCCAGGAACUUUUUGACAGAAUUCUUGGAAAGACAUUAUCACUUCUUGUGAAAAAUGUGGAAAACUAUGUUUUGGAAUGUUAUGAUUGCCUUGCAUUGUUUUUAUGUAUACAACUUAUAAAUAGAUAUAAAUGGAUGUGUCACAAACGGGCUGUGGGUGCAUUAGAUAGUUACUGGGAUUCAUUACAAAGUACAUUGUGGCCACGAUUGGAAUAUGUACUAAAAUUGAAUAUUCAAAGUGUGAGGGAAUGUGAUCCAGCUAAAUUGUCUAAUAAGGAGUUAGGUCCACAUUACAUAACACGAAGGUAUGCGGAGUUCUCAGCUGCGAUGCUUAGCUUGAGCGAACAAUUCCCAUCUGAAGAACUAAGUAACCUACUUUUAGUACUCCAAGAUGAAGUACAUUGUUUUCUUUUAAAAAUGGCAGCAGAAUUCCCACAGAGGGUACAGCAAUUAAUAUUUUUAAUUAAUAACUACGAUAUGGUACUAAGCAUUCUGAUGGAAAGAACUAGAGACAACACAAAGGAAGCAGAAACAUUCAGAGAACAAUUGCAAGCUAGAAGUUCUGAAUAUGUUGAAGAAAUACUGAGUCCACAUUUCGGAGGGUUGAUGCAAUUUGUUAAAGAAGGAGAACAGUUGGCUGAAGGCGAAAAUAAAACUCUCCUGGCUAGUUUGGAAAAAAAAUCUCUGUCUUUAGUAGCAUCCUUUAGUGCUGGUUGGAAGCAGAGUCUGGAAGAGAUUCACAGAGAAGUUCUCGUAUCGUUUCCCAAUUUAGUCACUGGUUCGGGAUUACUACAGAUGGCUCUAACAAAUUUUGUUCAAUACUAUCAUAAAUUUGUCAAACUAUUGACACCAAAUGCUCGUACGCAAUUGGUUAAUAUUCAUGUCAUAAUGGUGGAAAUAAAAAAAUAUAAAACCAAUUUCUAAAGAUUAUU